UUGCGGUUGGCUGUCGCUCUCUAGAUUGAGAGAGAGAGAGAGAGACAGAGCGAAGAGAGAGUCAAGCAGAGGAAGGAAGAAGAGAUAGACUGCAAAAACAAGGUUGUUGUUUCAAUGGCAACCUUUGCUUCCUUUCUAUCCUCCUCUCCUCCUCCUCCUCUGCUCUUCUCCUCUUCCUCCCACCAUAACGACCUUCCUUGCUUCUCUCUCUCGUUUGCUUUCUCUCAUCUUCCUAACGCUGCUUUAGCCUCAAACCCUAGAAAAAUCCGAACCCUAAUUCUCGCUUCCUCCAAUUCCGCCUCUUCUUUUGAUGAUUUGGUAUUCGAUCGGAAGUCGGGUUCAGCUGAUAAGAAAUCAAUUCUUUCAGAUUUGAUACAAGAAAUAGAACCAUUAGACGUGAGCCUUAUACAAAGAGAUGUUCCACCUACUACCUUGGAUGCAAUGAAGAGGACCAUCUCUGGCAUGUUGGGUUUACUUCCCUCUGAUCGAUUUAAAGUUUUAAUUGAGGCUUUAUGGGAACCUCUCUCCAAGUUGUUGAUCUCUUCAAUAAUGACUGGGUAUACAUUGCGCAAUGCUGAGUAUAGGCUUUGCCUUGAAAAAAACUUUGAAUAUGAAGGCAAUACUGAAAGCCAAGAACCAGAAAACUCUAAACUUGAUUUGCAAGGGACAGAAGAAAAUAGUGAGAAAAUGAACCAAUAUUAUGAAAGAAAUGCUAAACUUGAAAAAGCAACUGAAGACCUAUGUGAUAAUAUUGGCAUCCAAGGCCUUGGUGAAGUCUCCCCUGAAGCUCAGCAAUAUAUUCUUGAUUUGCAGUCUCGUUUAUCUUCUGUGAAAAAGGAACUUCAUGAAGUCAAGAGGAAAAGUGCUGCUCUUCAGAUGCAACAGUUUGUUGGCGAAGAAAAGAAUGAUUUACUUGACUAUUUAAGAUCACUAAAACCGGAGAAGGUGGCUGAGUUAUCAGAGCCUACAUCCCCUGAAUUGAAAGAAGUAAUCCACUCUGUAGUCCAUGGCCUCCUGGCAACUCUUUCUCCUAAGAUGCAUUCCAAGGCUCCACAUCAAUCAGAGAACAGCACAUUAAUGGGGACACGAAAAAUUGGGAGAGAAGGCUGUCCUGAACUUGUUGAAAACACCUCGCUUCAGUUCCAACCCCACAUUUCCUUAACAAGGGACUAUCUUGCACGUCUGCUCUUCUGGUGUAUGCUUUUGGGACACUACCUUCGAGGCCUAGAAUAUAGAAUGGAGUUGAUGGAACUUCUGUCUGUAACAAGCAAUGUGGAAAAUGAUGGCUGUUGAUCAAGUUGCUUGAAGGUGCUAUGCGUACUUCAUAUGUACAUAGAAGAGUUUGUUGGUGUAUACAAAGUUUGUUUUCCAACAUGAAGAGAGUUCAAGUGAGAGGGCCAAUAAUGGUUUUGCUUAUGAAUAGGUUAUCUUUGUGUAAAAGCAUACUUGUUUUCUUUGUUAUAAGAAUACUUCUGUCAUAUUUCUUGUGUAAAUUGUUUUCAGGUUAAUGCUAUUAUAAAAAAAAAAAAAGUACUUUUACAAAUAAA